UAUAAUUAAAUAGUACUUAGGAGUACUAGAAUAGUAGUAUAUAUUAAUUAUCUCAAUAUGGAGAGUUGUAUAAAAGAAAACGAAGGCAAAAGAGCCCACGAUCCUCUUCAUCAUGAUCGCACGGAGAAACGCCGCCAAAACGCAUGCAGCGUGGACGUGCACUGCAAAGAGAUCAUCGCCGACCGGCUCGUGUGGGUCCCGGGGCCGAUCAUCGUCGGGGCGGGGCCAUCGGGUCUCGCGGUCGCCGCGUGUCUCAAGGCGAGGAACGUCCCGAGCUUGGUACUCGAGCGGUCGAAUUGCAUAGCCUCGCUUUGGCAGUUGAAAACCUACGAUCGGCUGAGCCUCCACCUCCCCAAGCAGUUUUGCGAGCUCCCGUUGAUGCCCUUCCCUCCUGAAUUCCCCACGUAUCCCACGAAGCAGCAGUUCGUGGGGUAUUUGGAGGCCUACGCUGCGAAAUUCGCGAUCCGGCCCGCGUUCGGCCGGACGGUGGUCGGCGCCGAGUACGAGGAGGGGGGAGGAGGGGUGGCGGAGUACGUGGGGCGGUGGCUCAUCGUCGCCACCGGGGAGAACGCGGAGGUGGCGGCGCCCGAUAUCGAAGGGCUGAGGGAUUUUAAGGGCCCCGUCGCGCACACGAGUGCGUACAAGAGCGGCGGCGCGUUCCGCAGGCAGCGCGUGCUCGUCGUCGGCUGCGGCAACUCCGGCAUGGAGGUCUGCUUGGACCUCUGCAAUCACAAUGCCUCCCCUCCAUCGAUCGUUGUAAGAGAUACGGUGCACAUACUACCCAGGGAGAUGUUGGGCCUAUCCACUUUUGGGCUCUCCAUGUGGCUUCUUAAGUGGUUUCCGGUUCGGUUAGUCGACCAGUUUUUGCUCCUCGUCUCGUGGUUCAUGCUCGGUGACACGGCACGGUACGGUCUAAGGCGGCCCCCAGUGGGCCCUCUUGAGCUCAAGUCACUCUUGGGAAAGACUCCGGUGCUCGAUGUCGGUACUCUAGCGAAGAUCAAGUCCGGUGAAAUCAAGGUGCAGCCGGCGAUAAGGAGAAUGACAGGACAUAGAGUCGAAUUUGUGGACGGGAGAUCAGAGGACUUUGAUGCCAUAGUUCUAGCGACAGGCUACAGAAGCAACGUGCCCUCUUGGCUAAAGGAUAAAGAGUUUUUCUCAGAUAAAGAUGGAUUGCCAAGGAAACCAUUCCCCAACAGUUGGAAGGGAGAGAGGGGUCUCUAUGCGGUCGGGUUCACUCGACGGGGACUCAUGGGCGCCUCCGCCGACGCGAGGAGGAUUGCGCGUGACAUAGAGCAACAGUGGAAUGCAGAAACAAAGCAUGGCCAAAGCAGAUCAUAGAGCAUUGAUCCAUAGUAAUUUUACGACCACCACGAUAGAGAUUACGUACAUGGUCUCUGUUGUAUCUCCAAGCCCGGCCAUGCAUGCACCUGACUCUACUUGAAGAAG